UGCCAUUCCCACCCCCUUCUUCCACAAUUCAAACGGCUCCUAAACCCUACUUUGUUUCUCUCUCUCUUUUUCAAAUCCGACGGCGAUUGUUGACGGCAGAAAUGAAAUCGGCGGCGUUACCUUCUUCAGUGGAAGCUUUGAGAAGUGGAGAAGGAAUCGCCUCCGCCCUAUCUUCUUCUGAUCAGUCUCGUCUAUUGCUUGCCACUAGACCUCCCAGGCAAGUAGUAUCGAUAUUGACUUGUUCAAAGCUAUGUGGUAUUUGCUUUGUCGCCGGGGUGUUGGUUGGUUACUCGUUAAAGCGAUGCGUGAAUCGAUGGGUUUCCAAGCUAUUGAGGAGAUUAAAAGAUGAUUGAUAAGCCCAUCCCUUUGUUCUGGUAUGCCACUUUCAUUGAUUAUAAUUUAUAGAAUUGAAUUACUGAUUUGUUGACCAAUUUAGAGCAGACAGAUGAACAGCUCGUUACCUGCUCAUUAUCGGGCAAUCACUUGUUCACAAGCAUGGAGUUAAUAAUUUGAAUUUUCCAUCUAAUGAAAAAUCAUUUUUGCUUCCCUUCGCCCGAUCCCUUGUAGAGGUAUUUUAGUGAUAGAUUCUAUAGGGGAUAGAUUCUAUAGGAGCAGGACGAUGAGUAGGGAUAAACUCUCAUCUUCUUUCCAUUCCAGUAUUUCUGAUUUGUGGCGAGAAUUUCUUUGAUAAAAACAUUUCUGGACUUGAUUUGCA